CAUCUAAGACAUGUCUCUAUGGCCUUGACCAUAUGUGCAGUCGGUCUCAAGGCUCCAAAAUCACCGAGAAAUUGCACCCUUGUAACUAUUAUUUCACAACAUCGUCACUGGCUGUAUCUGUGUUAUAUGACCAGUCAGCAAGCAGUAAAUUGUCUAGUAAAGAAAGACCUACGUGAGGUUAACUGUGGGGCGGGGCGAAACAGGGCUUUCCUCACUUCCGACUGUCGCGGUUGGAUUCCAGGUCGAAUUCCAGGUAUUCGCCUAAAGACGACACAUAUUCUCCCAACUCUCUCGACAAAACAUGUCCCGUGCGCGGUUCAGAUCCCUCAUUGUUGGGUAUUGAGAACCUAG